AUGCGUGUCUACGUGCCACUGAGCAUGGCGUCUCUACCCGAACUCGCGUCACUUGCGCGGUCGAAAGUCAUGGAGUGGAGUGUGGUGUCUAACUCGACAUCCUGGAUGCACUUCAUUUCCUGGUGCUUCCUGGCACUGGCAUUGUCGUUCUUCCUCCCUCUCAUGGCCUUGAUCUGCUUCGAUUUCGUCCUCUGGAUCUGCCGCCUAAUCCGCCCGCCCGCCAACACCGUCACCUCACGGAGACGACGGCGCGAGUCACUCAAACAUCCAGUCAGCACAACAUAA